CUAAAGUAUCCUGUAGCAGAUACUGUGUACCAUUUUAACCCAGACUUCAAGCCUCCCAAGAAACCCUUUAGAAGAAUGAACUACACAGAUGCAUUAGUGUAUCUAAAAGAACAUAACAUAACUAAAGAUGAUGGAACAUUCUACAAGUUUGGUGAUGACAUUCCAGAAAUGCCCGAACGAAAAAUGACUGAUCAGAUUAAUGAACCAAUUAUGUUAUGUCGUUUUCCUGCCGAGAUAAAAUCCUUCUACAUGCCGAGGUGUCCCGAGGACCACAGAUUGACUGAAUCUGUUGAUGUUCUGAUGCCUGGUGUUGGGGAGAUCGUUGGUGGAUCUAUGAGAACUUGGAAGCUGGAUGAGUUGAUGGAAGGAUUUAAACGUAAUGGAAUUGACCCUAAGAACUAUUACUGGUAUACUGACCAGGUAAGUAAGGUUGAUCUACCAGUUUUAACUAAACACUAUGAUGUAUCCUUACAACACUCACUAGUCACGUACGAUUUGGUUUAGUGUUAUGACCAAAUA